CAUCAAGCUUUCAUUUGGUCUGUCUUUGUUGUAGUAGUACCAUUUUAGUAGCGACUGGCGACCAAUAUCAUGCCUGAAAAGUUCUCAACUGUUGCUCGGACUGUUUGCGCUACCUGAGAGGACGAGAAUGAAUAGCGCUGUUCAUCCAGGCCACGGCAGGAAGAGACGGCCUGAAGGCCUUCAGUGCCUUUCACAAGGGCUCAAUGGAUACGGAAAGCCCUCCGGGGGAGUUCGAGCCCCCCUUUACAGAAUCAAAUCCGUUCGUCAUAGUUGGCUGCUUAUGUGCUUAUGUUGCUUCGGCCUUUGCGCCACACUUUUGACCGCCACGGAUGUCGUUCAGCUGCGCUCUUCCAAAAGCCGCGCUGCGAUCAGAGUAAUAUUAUGAAAUAAGCAUCAACUGCUAGACAACGCAAAGCCGAACCUGGGCCCCGUUAGCUACCUUUGCGGAGUACAAUGUACAUCUACCUAUGUCCUAAGGUGCACAAUCAGACGGCGUC